ACUAUAUAGAGAGUGAGUGGUCGAGGUCGAGCUUUCAGAACGAGUUCUUGUGGUCGAUCUUAUAGCUUUCGCCAAUGGCAGCAGCAGCGACCGCCAGUUUGACGAAGGAGGUGUUGCCUCCGACCCUCGACCCGACAUCGGAACCACCGGAACUCUUCGAUGGCACCACCAGGUUGUAUAUAUCUUACAUAUGCCCAUAUGCGCAGCGCACCUGGAUCACUAGGAAUUAUAAGGGAUUGCAGGAAAAGAUCAAAUUGGUUCCUAUUGAUCUGGAUAACAAGCCAGCCUGGUAUAAGGAGGUUUAUCCCGCAAAUAAGGUACCAUCUCUGGAGCAUAAUAAUGAGGUGAAAGGAGAGAGUCUUGAUCUGAUAAAGUACAUCAACAAAAAUUUUGAAGGGCCAGAGUUACUGCCUGAUGAUCCUGCAAAGCAGCAAUUUGCAGAGGAGCUAUUGUCUUAUACUGAUUCUUUCAACAAGGUUAUGUACACUGCAAUGACUUCCAAGGGAGAUGUCGGUGAUUAUGUUGGUGCUGCCCUCGACAAGUUGGAGGAUGCCCUUUUGAAAUUUGAUGAUGGACCAUUUUUCCUCGGCCAUUUUAGUUUGGUUGACAUAGCAUAUGCUCCAUUUGUUGAAAGACUCCAGACUUUCUUGAAGGAGGUGAAGAACUAUGACAUCACUGAAGGCAGGCCUAACCUAAUAUUGUGGAUUGAGGAAUUGGGCAAGAUUGAUGCCUACACACAUACCAAGCAGGAUCCUCAAGUGCUGUUGGCCAGGACUAAGAAGCGCUUGGGGAUUGAGUGAAGAGUCCUCUAUGCUCUUUUGUUUUACAGGUGGCUCGAAUCUGAUAUAGAAUAUAAGAUAUACUGGGAGCUACU